GAUAGCAUGGAGCUGGUUCACAAACAGUCCAAAGCUGUGGCUGUUACAUGCAUGUCCUUCCCUAUUGGAGAUGUCAACAACUUUGUCGUUGGCAGUGAAGAAGGCUCAGUGUACACUGCAUGCCGUCAUGGCAGCAAAGCAGGAAUCAGCGAGAUGUUUGAAGGACACCAGGGACCAAUCACAGGUAUCAACUGCCAUGCAGCAGUUGGACCUGUAGACUUCUCACACCUUUUUGUCACCUCUUCUUUUGACUGGACAGUAAAGCUUUGGACAACUAAGAAUAAUAAACCUCUCUACUCCUUUGAAGACAACUCAGAUUAUGUUUAUGAUGUGAUGUGGUCUCCAACUCACCCUGCCUUGUUUGCCUGUGUGGAUGGGAUGGGCAGGCUUGACCUGUGGAAUCUCAACAAUGAUACUGAGGUGCCAACUGCAAGCAUUACUGUGGAGGGCAAUCCUGCUCUGAACCGUGUGAGGUGGACACAUUCCGGGAGAGAGAUUGCUGUGGGUGAUUCAGAGGGACAAAUAGUUAUAUAUGACGUGGGAGAGCAAAUUGCCGUUCCUCGCAGUGAUGAGUGGACUCGAUUCGGUCGAACGCUGGCAGAAAUAAAUGCUAACAGAGCUGAUGCAGAGGAGGAAGCUGCAACCCGCAUACCAGCGUAGAUAUUUAAAAACAGGCAGCAGAGGUAGACAUACGAAUGAUUUUAUGCAAAUCAUAAAAGUGUAAUAAGCAUGUGUCAGUUCAAAUAAUAGCUUAAGGGAGGAAUAUAUGCAUUCAGCUAUGGACUUUGAAAAUGUAUUAAGGUCAGUGAAAAUCAGAUCCUGCAUUGUCAUUUUUUUUAUAUAUAAAUUACGAGCACCUUCUUGGAUUUGUGUAACUUUUAAUACAGUUAACUUUGACUUUGCAAGGAACUUCUUUUGCAGAAACACUAACCUGGUGUAAAUUUGCUAUUGGGCUUCUGAAAUUUCCACUUUGUAACAGUAUAUCUAUUUCUGAAAAGUAAAAGUUCUGUUUCUAUGCUAAGCUUUCUAUAUUACACAGACUAACCUUCAUUAGGUACUAAAUCUCUGAAGCAUUCUCUAAUCUGAACUCUGCAAAUUACUCAUGGAUAUGCAUGCGUAUGUUCCAAGUAAGUCUCAUUGUUUAUACAUAGAUAAGCCUCGGGCUCUGGUAGUGGGUAAUAUAUGUGAAUAAACAUUUGUCUGUAGUUACAAACUUACUUGAUAAUUGGACCUGAAUUAAUGAAAUACAUAUUUAAUGCCAAGUUCUUUUGUUUGAAUUGGUACAUUAAAAGGUGAGACUGAUUCAUAAAUAAAUAUUGUAUGAGCA